AUGGCAGACAAGAAUACAUAUCUCAAAUACAAGCGGGACCAAAGACUCCUGGUUUAUUGGAUUACCAACACUUCCAAUCAAAUCAUCAAGACCAGCGCACCAGGGGCCUCGAUAGCCAUCAACACAACAGGAAAGGUCUCGCUGGCAACUCUGAAGUCAUUGUCAGAGCUUAUUGCAAAAUAUAUCAAGCCGAUACCCCCAACUAUAUUCCGCCUGUUCAAGUCUAUUAUCGAGGCCAGGAGGGACACUCAUAGUCAGUUCUUGAGAAUUGUCGCCUCCAACCCAGACCCAGAUAUCCAAAAGAGUAACGAUGCACACAGACACUGGAUCGAUGGUUUGACCGAGGCAUUCAAUGCAUUGGGAGGAGAGUCGUGGCUCUCGGAGCAGAAAAGCAACAUCAACGUGGCUGACGAAGACGAGGAGGAAAUCAUCUUUGCCAAUAAAUUCUCGACUCUCAGUUUGAACGUGUCAGCCGGGGAAGACCAGGGAGAUGAAGAUGAAGACGACAAUGAUGACGAGGAGCAGGUCACGGCAACUGUGCGGUCGAAGGCUAAGGCUGGCAAGAAAGGAAAGAAGGGCAGACGAACACGGAAACCUAAGACAAAAGUGGCGACUGCGGCUCUUACCCCAUGCCUCGACGAAGUUCCACUGGCAAGCUAUCGUAUUAUCGAGGAUGAGACUGGAAUUAUUACAGAUUAUCUAAUGGCGACCUACUCGUUCGUCAGACAAUGGAUCGAGCUCCGCCAUUACCUGCAAGGUGUUUGGCGCGACGUGGCCUAUAAUGGCCUGAACAGCGCGGUCGCAGCGACUCUGUCGAACAUUGCUAUUGCGAUGAUCAAGGACACCCAAUCCCAGAUUUUUGUUGAUUUCCCUGGGCAUGAAUCGUUCGAGACCAUCAUGAAAACUAUCACCCGUGGUGAUCCCGAUAAGGCCCAAGGCAUGUUUCAGAUGGAGCUUCAUCAAACCUGUACCGACGGUAGUAGUGAUAUAGUCGAGGCCUCGGAGCUGGAUGUGAGAGAGGAGUUCCUGAUACAUUCCUAUCAGAACUUGGUCGACUUUAUGACGGACUUUCAGAAGACACACAGUGGCAAGCCAACCAAGAAUAUGUCUAAAGAGAUACGGGAUUGGGACCCGACGUUGGGUCUUGAAAGAGCGACCAAAGAACAGCGCUUGAGGUGGCGUCGGUCUUACACGAUCAACUGGUUGUAUGACCUGGUCAACAUCAAUUCCUCAAUUGUUGUGCAACGCAGGACAUUAAGAGGGCAGAAAAUUCCCCUCGAGACCGUUGACUGGUCUGAAGCCGGACCUUGGCACUUUCAUCGACGGUUGUUUGGCAUCACUGAAUUCGCCGGCGACAUUACCCACUUUGCGGUGCAGAAACCUGGGACUAAAAUUCAGUCCAGCAUUCUUCCUCAUCAUGUCUUCCAGCUUCAGUGCAUAGUGGAUUCCCUAACGGUGUCUCGAGGUUGGUCUUUCCAUAUUUUGGUAGGCCAUGUCCUGGGGUCCCCGGCCUCUGAGUUCCGCCCCAGAAGAGACGUUGAUUUGUUCAUGGACCGUGACCAGGACAAGCCUAUGUCAGGAUACUGUACCGGUGUUGAGGUACUAAGCCAAUGCUUUGAAAAGGAUGCGAUGCUUCAUGGAGACCCACAGCGGCAUGAGAAAAUCAACACAAUGCUCCACGGGUUAAGAGAUGAUUUUGUGAACUGGCUUGGGGAAAGCAAGUACAUGUACGGCUUGGCGACCAUACCCCCAUCUAGGUUUUCACACAUAAACGCCAAUGGACUGUGGGAAUAUUCCCCAUUCCUUUGCGGCGCUGGUUUGAUGGAAGCACUUGAACUGGCGUAUGGGAUGGGCCUUGCCAUGUGGGACCGUGUUCCCGAGCCCCUGUGCGUUAUCCAUCUCCAUAACAUGCUGGUCCAGAAGGGUUAUAUCUCGCAGCCAGUGGGGUUGUAUGAUACCUUUGAAAAGUUAUUCGCGGAAUCCUUUUAUGCCAAUGGAAAGGCACCUACAUCCAGCUUUGAAAAAGCGUUUGAAGCCCGGGUUGGCCCUCCUAGGUCUAGACGAGAGACUUUUCGGCGACGGCAACUGGGACGACAGGUCGCUAAAUAUGCAACGGACGUGCACGGUCUUCUGGAUAGCAAUACCAAUCGCUUCUUCCAGGCCAAAUCCUUCCUACGUCUCUACCACGCGGCGCGCUGGGUUCCGGAUCGAGUUCCAGAUGAGGAUAUCCCUAUCCCCUCGAUCUUAGCUUUCUUUCGUCUGACUGAGGCCAAGAGGGUCACUGAUCCUAUCACGGGAAGAAUUGCCCUUGAAGAUAUUGACUUGGUCAAGCGUGCCAGAUCUAUCGGGAUGGAUGAUAGGUCGAUCAUUGAGAUUUCGUCGCAGUGGGCAUCACUUGCACAAGAGCAAACCAUUGACCCAAAGGUUCUCGAAAGCAUCAAGACCAAUAUGCCAGAGGGAUACGAGGCCAAGGGACUGGGAGUGUCGACAAGCCUAUUGCAUUGUACACCUCGGAAAUCUGUCCUCGGAAUCGCGCAAUACUUAGAGGCCCUCAAGUUGGACCUUUUCAGCGAAAUAUGCGGCGAGACGAGACCAGUACUCAGUGUGAACUAUGUGAUGGUGCUUGUAUGCUUCAUGAUCUUGUUUAUGCGCAUUGAAGACGAGCUAAAGAGUCGUCGGAACCCACUAUGGGUCCAGGCCUAUGAGGGGAACACGGCUAUGACACGCGAGAAAAUAUUGUCGCUCACUGCGCUGGUCCUGGAGCAAGAGGAUGAAGAGUGCAUGCAGGUAAUGGCUGAUGCGUUCCAGAACCUGAGAUUGGGCUUUAAGGACUAUAUUUACUGGGACGAUUUGUACAAGGAGGGGAGUAAAAUGGAGCAAAAUAGUGAUCCUUUUGGGCUGGACACAUGUAUGGUGAUGUGA